CAUUCGUUUUCACGUUCGUCUGUCAGGGGCGCGCACGUGGUACGUGGCCGGCGGCGCCGGCGAGCGCGGGUCGCGUGGCGGUGCGUGGUUGCUAGGGGCGCCGAGGCCGCCCGCCCGGCAGGCCAGGGAGGAGCAGCUCGGAGCCAGGCAUCGAAGCCGGGACGUAGCGGGGGCCAGCAAGGCUGACGGAUCCAAGGAUGCUGCUGCUGCAGCCUGAAGCGCAGGGCACCGUGCAUGAGCCAGGCCAUAUGUGGCUGUGAAAUGGCUCCCUCAUGGCCUCUGCAGGGACAGAGCACUAUAGUCUUGGCCUCCGCCGGGGAAACAGCUUUAAGCAGGGUGGUCCCCCGGGCACAGUGCCGACCCCACCAGCCGAGAAACCCUCCGAGGGCAAAACCUGGUACCAGGCACAACAGCAGGUGAAGCCGAUCUGGAGACUAGAGAAGAAGCACGUGGGUACCCUUUCAUCAGGGCAGGGCCCAGGUGCCCUGGGGAUCACUCCCCAGCCAGCUUACUUUUUUUAUCCCAACACCCUUUGUAAUUCUGGGACCACAGCUGUCAUCGCAGGCCACGGCAACUCCCCCUGUCAUCUGCACUCCCUCCCGGACCUUUUCAGCAGCACUUUGCUGUACCGGCGCUCCAACUACAGACAUAAACCUUACCAGCAGCUUGAGUCUUUCUGUUUACGGUCAAACACAGCGGAUAAAAGACCAUUUACUCUCUCCAGAAGGAGCCUUCCUAUCGGUCUCCCUGCCCCUAAAGUCAUCACCCCAGCAGCAGGUUCCACCCUUCCUGGGACUAUGGCUUCCUCAGCCACAGACCCGUGUCUCCCUCUGAGAGCUGCCGGGGAGCACUCUUCAGGGAAGAGCAUGACCCCUGCCAUCUCAGGGAAGAUCCCUCCCUCCUUUUCCCCCUCUUCCUACAAGCCUGUGCUCAACAACAAUUCCUUUCUGAGGCCAAAUAGCACAAAAGUGCCUUCACAGCAGGCCUCAGAGGGCCUGAAGCCAGUUCCCCCCCCCAAGAUCCCAUUGCCUGUCUCUUGGCAUCAUUCAGGAGGCACUGGAGAUUGUUCCCCCCUGCACCUUGACCACAGGGUCUCCAAGAGCAGUGGCACUUCCCCUGACCAUGCCAUUGCCCAUACCACCACCACUCCCACCCUUAACACCCUCACCGCGCCCUCCAAGCCCCCCACCAGAGGUGCCUCUCCCAACUAUGUCCAGAACGUCUCAUCCUCAAGGGCAGAGCGGCCUUCCUGGACCUUAGAGGUUAAAGACACUCCCCGGGCCUUUUCCAGGGAGAUUCGAUUGACUGAGGCUGUGAGAAAGUUGACAGGGAGGGGCCUUGCCAAGGUGGGGCAAGGCUACCGACUUGAACGGUCCUGCCUCAUGAACCCCAGCUUCCACUGGAAUCUCCUUAAUGGGAAUGGGCGGUGGCAGCCCCCCGUGGUGAGUCCUCGGUUUGCUCGAGAGGAUUCUAUUUUGGAGACCAGACCAGUCCCCGACGGCUCUGACAGCGUGGGGCUGGACAGCACCGUCUUCUGCACAAAGCGCAUCAGCAUUCACCUCCUUGCCUCACACCCCACUCCUCCCAACAACGAACCUGCUGGGGGGAGCCCUCCUGGAGACAAAGCCCCAGUUCUCAGUGUGGCAGACAUGGCCAGCCGGAUGUCUUCCAUCCAUCUGAGUCAGCCAGCCAGAGGACCGAAAGAAGGCAAGCAGCAGCAGCAGCAGCAGCCAUUGCCAUUGCCGCCACAGCCACAGAACUCAUCUAUUAGAAGCUUCAGUUCAAAUACUGACAUGUUCCGAGGUGAAGCUGAGGAUGUGGAAGAGGAGCUGGGAGAUGGUUUAGAAGACUGUUGUAGCCAAGAUGAGGAUGAAGAGGAGGAUGAGGACUCUGAGUGUUCUUCAGUCAGCGGUGUCUCAGCAAGUGAAUCAGUUGCAGUGAUCUCUCGGAACUGCAUGGAAGUUCUGGCCAAACCCCUUGCCAACCAUGAGAAAGUUGUCCGGCAACCCCUUAUCUACAGCCUCUUUCCUAAUGUACCCCCUACCAUCUACUUUGGCACAAGGGAUGAGAGAGUGGAGAAGCUACCCUGGGAACAGAGGAAACUGCUUCGUUGGAAAAUGAGUACAGUGACUCCCAACAUUGUCAAACAGACCAUUGGACGCUCUCACUUCAAAGUCAGCAAGAAAAACGAUGAUUGGCUGGGCUGUUGGGGUCACCACAUGAAAUCUCCCAGUUUCAAAACAAUUCGGGAGCAUCAAAAGCUGAACCACUUCCCAGGCUCAUUCCAGAUUGGGCGGAAGGACCGACUAUGGCGUAACCUGUCGCGCAUGCAGAGCCGCUUUGGAAAGAAGGAGUUCAGCUUCUUCCCCCAGUCCUUCAUCCUCCCACAGGAUGCCAAACUUCUGCGAAAGGCCUGGGAGAGCAGCAGCCGUCAGAAGUGGAUUGUGAAGCCGCCAGCAUCAGCCCGAGGCAUUGGCAUCCAGGUCAUCCACAAAUGGAGCCAGCUGCCUAAGAGAAGACCCCUUCUCGUGCAGAGGUAUCUGCACAAACCCUACCUCAUCAGCGGGAGCAAGUUUGACCUUCGUAUCUACGUUUACGUCACCUCAUAUGAUCCCCUUCGGAUCUACCUCUUCACAGAUGGACUCGUCCGCUUUGCUAGCUGCAAAUACUCCUCUUCCAUGAAGAGCCUUAGCAACAAGUUCAUCCAUCUGACCAAUUACAGCAUCAAUAAGAAGAACACCGAAUACCAGGCCAACACCGAUGAGAACGCUUGCCAGGGCCAUAAGUGGGCACUGAAGGCCCUGUGGAACUAUCUGAGCCAAAAAGGAAUCAACAGUGAUGCCAUCUGGGAAAAGAUUAAGGAUGUUGUCGUCAAAACCAUCAUUGCGUCAGAGCCUUACGUAACCAGUUUGCUCAAGAUGUAUGUGCGCCGGCCCUACAGCUGCCAUGAGCUCUUUGGUUUUGACAUCAUGCUAGAUGAAAAUCUGAAGCCCUGGGUCCUUGAAGUCAACAUCUCUCCAAGCCUUCACUCCAACUCUCCACUAGACAUCAGCAUCAAGGGCCAGAUGAUCCGAGACCUCCUGAACCUGGCGGGCUUUGUUCUCCCCCACGCAGAGGACAUCAGCUCCAGCUGUGGCAGCUCUAGCAGCUCCACCAUCAGUCUUAGUAGCUCCACAAAGGAGAAGAGUAGGCUGGCUCCAGAGUACUUCACAGCAGAGAAAAUGAAGAAAGCCUAUUACCUGACCCAGAAACUGCCUGAUCAGGAUUUCUAUGCGUCGGUGCUGGACAUCCUGACGCCAGAUGACGUUCGGGUCCUCGUUGAGAUGGAGGAUGAGUUCUCGCGCCGGGGCCAGUUUGAGCGGGUCUUCCCCUCUCGAGUCUCUGCCCGCUAUCUCCGUUUCUUUGAGCAGCCGCGUUAUUUUAAUAUCCUGACCACGCAGUGGGAACAGAAGUAUCACAGCAACAAACUUAAAGGGGUGGACCUGCUCCGCAGCUGGUGCUACAAAGGCUUUCACACUGGAACCAUCUCUGACUCUGCUCCCAUGUGGUCCCUGCCGAGAUCACAUAUCGUCAUGAAGGGUGACAUCCUCCUCAAUGCCUUCUGUAAAACAGACCUGAACAAGCUGGGGAAAACCCCCCAUUCUACAAAGGAAAAUGAGGAUGCCACCCACAACUCUAGCCCCUGCCCUCCAGUGUUACCUAUGCUCAAAUAUUCAGGGCAAGCUCAGAGACUCUCUGUUUCCCCUACACCUCCAAAAGCCAACAACAACCUUGUUGCCUCUGUGAACCCAUGAUCAGCUUCCUUCCAUUAACCCCACUCCCUCCCCAGGAGCACCAGCGAUAGCUACCUCAUGGGAACCGGCCUGCCGGCCAGCCUGGAAUCCCACCCCUGUCCAUCCUGCCCCUAGUCAGAGUAUUUUUGGAAAAGGUUGAAUUCCAGAAAGAGGAUUUCUCUGGGGCUUAGAGGGAUGGUGGGUUUAGGGAAAGCAUAUGGAGGGGGCUAUGUUCCACUCUCCUGCUGCUUGCCCAGCUCCUGUUAUCCCAGCUGAGAAGCAAACAGUGGCCAUCGCAGCCUUAUAAAACAGGGUUUGAUUUCUA